AUACACCUCCGAUAUUAAAUACACACACAUCAAAUGUACAGCAACCGUGCUACACACACGACAAGAGUUUAAUACACCUCAGAUGUUUAGAUGCACACACAUCAGAUGUACAGCAACCGGGCUUUACACACCCAAGAGGUACAGCAACCUUGAGUGAAAGAUCUAGAGCGGUUGGGGUCUUGCUAUGUGAGAGGAGGAAGAAAAAGGAAAAGGGGAGAAGAAAGGCAACGACGAGAAAAGACACACGUGUAAAAACCGAGGAGAAAUAUAUAUUAAUUAAAAGCUAACUAACAAAGUCACAACAGUUUGGCGACGAGAUAAUGAACCCCAACAACGAUUCAUAUGCUGCAGCAACUGCUCCGAAACCCGAAGGAAGGACAAGUGCAUCUGUGCCGGCAACGGUACCAUCGGUACCGGCUCCACCACCAAACUUUGCCAUUGACCCAUUUGAUAAAAGGAAAUCAAAAUGGAAGCGAUGGGUAGAGAGGCUGGAAACCGCAUUCCUGCUAUACGGAGUAACAGAUGAACAGAUGCAGAAAAACUUCCUUUUGCAUUACAUGGGUCCGGAAACGUACGAUAUCAUCUGCGAUAAAGUUGCCCCGGAUUCUCCAAGAAAAAAAACAUACGGUGAGAUUGUUUCAACCUUAGAUACGUUUUUUAGCCCGAAACCACAUGAAAUCGCAGAAAACUACCGUUUCAAUUGUCGCCGACAGGGAGACAAAGAUGCUGCUGUUGCGGAAGAGACCGCCGAAGAAUAUUUGGUAGCCCUUCGAAAGAUUGCUGUUACAUGCAAUUUCGGAGAGUAUCUGCAGAAGGCGUUAAGGAAUCAAUUGGUCUUCGGGAUUAAACGUGGCGAUAUCCGUGAUCGGCUACUGGAGAAACGGGAUCUAACGCUGGACGGAGCACUGGAAAUUGCUAAAAGGUCGGUAAACUUCGAUAUACUAUACGAUUGGACGAUGGACGGAUCUGGGAACGUCAUAUCGAUCAUAUAGCUGGGGUCGGCAGUAACCUACGAGGAAGACAAUUGGAAACUUCAAAUGAGGAGGAACUUGCGGAAAGCAACGAGCAACCACACUCCCACACCACAACGGUUACCCCAGCUACGACCAGAAUUUCAUCUGAAGAUACGGACGGUACUACGACGACAACUGUAAUGGUACCAGUAGCUGAUCCCUUGUACACUCCGAGUACAGUGCCCAGCACAUCAGCCAAUACCAAUAUAGUACCCAAUGUUCGGCGCUCAACUCGUGUUAGUAGACCUCCCAACAGGUUAACGUUUUAGAUUGCAACUCUCAAAACUUAGCAUGAGGAGAAUUUUUUUUUACGAAGGGGAGAAGUGUUAUAUACACCUCCGAUAUUAAAUACACACACAUCAAAUGUACAGCAACCGUGCUACACACACGACAAGAGUUUAAUACACCUCAGAUGUUUAGAUGCACACACAUCAGAUGUACAGCAACCGGGCUUUACACACCCAAGAGGUACAGCAACCUUGAGUGAAAGAUCUAGAGCGGUUGGGGUCUUGCUAUGUGAGAGGAGGAAGAAAAAGGAAAAGGGGAGAAGAAAGGCAACGACGAGAAAAGACACACGUGAAAAAACCGAGGAGAAAUAUAUAUUAAUUAAAAGCUAA